GGAUCCUCUCCCUCCAGCCGCCAAGGAUCCAGCUCUGCCCGACAGUCCCCUGCCUCGACAGUGACUCCCUUCUGCUACCUGGCUCUCUGACUCUAGACUCUGUCUCGCUUUCACCAUGGUCAUGAAGCUUCUUGCUGUCUCGCUGGUCGGCUCGCUGGCCGUCAGCGCUGUCGCUGCCCAGUACCAGCCUUCCAACCCCACCCCCGGUCAGUUCUCCCGCUACCGCGCUCUCCCUCAGGGCUCCAACCUGGCCGUUGUCCCUGUCGAUGGCGCCGAGUUUGUCACUGGCCAGCACUUUGACAUCUCGAUCGAGCUGCACAACGACGGCAACGCCGCCUCCCCCUCUGUUGAUGGCAUCAUCGCCGAGAUCAACGGCGUUCCCAUGGACCAGUUCUUUGGAACCAGCUGGACCACCCAGACCUGGAACUUCACCUACUCGAAGGACGCCUCGGAGUACUUUGCCAACCCUCCCAAGACCACCCCCGUCGGUGUGACCCGUCUGGCUCUGCGUGACAUUGCUCUGCCGACCACUGGUGACUUUAACGUCACCAUUGCCGUUGGCAAGGAGCGUGUCUCGGCCAGCUGGUCCACUCGCAACUACUGCAAGCCCCUCGCCAAGAACACCGUCAUGUUCAUUGGUGACGGUAUGGCUCCCGCGAUGAUCAGCGCCGCGCGCUUCAUCUCGCGUCCCACCAAGUUCGGCAAGUUCGCCAAGGGUGCCGGCUUCCUCAACCUCGAGAACCUCGGCAGCGUCGGCAAGGUCUCCCCCAACGGCAUCGACUCCAUCAUCACCGACUCGGCCAACUCGGCUGCCGCCUACCACACCGGCCAGAAGGGUUGGGUCAACGCCCUCAACGUCUAUGCCGAUACCUCGGCCGACACCCUCGACGACCCCAAGGUCGAGACCCUCGCCGAGAUGCUCCGUCGUCUCCGCCCCAACGUCUGCGUCGGUGUCGUCACCACCUCUGCCCUGUGGGAUGCCACCCCCGCUGCUGUCUUCUCGCACACCCGCCGUCGCUCCGACUCGCUCGUCAUUGCCGGCCAGGCCCUCAACGGCGCCAACAGCACAAAGUACCCCUGGUCUGCCCCUCCCGUCCGCCCCGAUGUCUUCCUCGGCGGCGGCGGCAACGCCUGGUGCAAGGGCGCCAGCCCCUGCAAUGCCACCACCGGCUACUAUGCCGACUACACCAACGCCGGCUACACCUUUGUCUCGGACAAGGACCAGCUCUCCUCCUACCAGGGCAACGGCCCCCUCCUCGGCGUCUUCACCAACGGCCACAUGGAGACCUGGAUCGACCGCAACCUCUGGACCGAGAACCUCGAUACCAAGAAGAACUCUCCCUUCCUGACCGGCAGCGCCCUCAAACAGCCCAACUUUGACGACAUGGUCAUGAAGGCCAUCAACCUGAUGGACGCCCGCUGCUCCGAGGGUUGGUUCCUGAUGGCCGAGGCUGCCUCGAUCGACAAGAUGAUGCACCCGAUGGACUAUGACCGUGGUCUGGCCGAUCUCCUCGAGCUCGACCGCACCGUCAAGAAGGUCGUUGACCACGAUGCCGCCCACUACCCCGGCCAGACCGCCAUCCUGCUCACCGCCGACCAUGCCCAGGGCUACGAUGUGUGGGGCACCGUCGACACCAAGUUCUUCAACAACCAGCCCACCUCGGACAGCAGCAUCCUCGACGGCCAGACCGGCGUCCAGUCGUCCGACUACUCGCUCCAGAUCCAGAAGCGCAUGGCCAUCGGCGAGUACGACUUUGCUGGCUGGAUGGACAUUGUCAUCGACGCCAACGGCAACCCCACCAACUGGCAGGGUCAGUACAAGCUCGCUGGCGGCAAGGUCGAUGGCCCCCAGAGCCGCGAUAACUUCCAGAUCCGCAAGAACAAUGUCAAGGGCAACCCUCUUGGCCGCAACCCCGCCGUCAGCAACAAGGCCCUGACCGGUCUCUUCCAGAAGCAGUAUCCCAACGUCGCCGUCAACAGCGUCGACCCCGACGAACCCGAGGGUCUCAACUUCAACGGCCGCAACUCUGGAGGCGAAGUCACCUCGGUCCACACCCUCCAGGCCGUCGAUCUCUACUGCAACGCGCCGAUUGCUCGCCUCUGUCGUCGCGCCGUUGACAACACCGAGGUCUUCCAGAUCCUCGCUCAGUCUCUUGGUCUGGGUGAUCCCAAGCAGUGCUACUAAGCUCUGCCUCUCCGCUCUGCUCUUUCCUGUGUCCACUAUUCAUGCCCCCCCCCAUGACGCUUAAUCAUAUAGUUGUCGUUAACUGCAAUCCCCGUGUCCUCUGAGCCUCCUAGGCCUCAAUGUGGGCUCUAUAGUGAUUUUCGCCAGCAGCUCAUGGGACCCACUUUCUGUUUGCGUUCAUGUUUCUGUAUGGACCGCGCUGCUCCCCAGCCAAAUAUAGACACGCCUUCAUGACUCUUUCCCGUUCUUUGUGUGUCCUAAAAAUAUAUAUCUCUGUU